CGCUGCGAGGGAGCCCGGCUCGCGGAGCGGAGCCAUGGCGGCCGGUGGACAUGAACCAUAUGUAGAAAUAAUUGAACAGCCCAGGCAAAGGGGCAUGCGUUUUCGUUAUAAAUGUGAAGGACGGUCAGCAGGGAGCAUUCCAGGAGAACACAGUACAGAUAAUAACCGAACAUACCCAUCUAUACAGAUAAUGAAUUGCUAUGGGAAAGGAAGAGGAAAAGUGAGAAUAACUCUGGUAACAAAGAAUGAGCCGUACAAACCACAUCCCCAUGAUCUAGUUGGAAAAGACUGUAGAGAUGGCUACUAUGAAGCUGAGUUUGGUCAGGAACGCAGAGCUUUGAUUUUUCAGAAUUUGGGGAUUCGAUGUGUAAAGAAAAAAGAAGUUAAAGAAGCCAUUAUUUCACGAAUUUCAGCAGAAAUUAACCCUUUCAAUGUUCCAGAACAACAGCUACUCAACGUCGAAGACUGUGAUCUCAACGUGGUAAGACUCUGUUUCCAAGUUUUCCUUCUUGAUGAACAUGGCAAUUUAACAUCAGCUCUUCCUCCUGUCGUCUCCAAUCCAAUUUAUGAUAAUCGUGCUCCUAACACUGCAGAAUUAAGAAUCUGUCGUGUAAACAAGAAUUGUGGAAGUGUCAGAGGAGGGGAUGAAAUAUUCCUACUCUGUGACAAAGUUCAGAAAGAUGAUAUAGAAGUUCGAUUUGUGUUGAAUGAUUGGGAAGCUAAAGGUAGCUUUUCACAAGCAGAUGUUCAUCGUCAAGUAGCCAUUGUGUUCAGGACACCACCAUUUUACAAAGCCAUAACUGAACCAGUAACAGUAAAAAUGCAGCUCCGAAGACCUUCGGACCAGGAAGUUAGUGAAUCCAUGGACUUUCGAUAUCUGCCAGAUGAAAAAGAUCCAUAUGGUAAUAAAUCAAAGAAACAAAAAACAACUUUAGAUUUCCAGAAGCUGUUGCAAGGUUGUGUUAAUUUUCCAGAAAGACCAAAAGUUGGCCCUCCCCGAUCAACUGGAGAAGGGAGAAUCAUCAAAAAAGAAAUGCAAAGAACUCCAGCAACUAUGCAUCAAGUCCCACCUUACUUUUCUUCAUCACUUGUGUCAAGUCCAAAUACAAUGUCACAAACGGCUUCAACUUUACCUUCAAUGAUAUCUUAUCCUUCUUCAAGCUGGCCAUCAGUGACUCUUCCUACAUCAAUAAACUCAAUUAAUACACAUUCACCAAAUGGUUUUUCAACAGGGACACUUCCCUCUGGUUCAGAGAGUGGCCGGUCCUACCUGGAAAUCGCUGUUUCGGGUAGUCUAGACACUUCUGAUCCUUGUCUGUUUAACAAUGGUACCAAUGGAAUUGGAGCUCAGUCCCUUUCACAGGCUGACCUCUUUAGUGUUAGUUCCAGCAUGCUGCAGAGUCGUCCUAUGAAUAUCACCACAUCCAGCAGCGACAGCAUGAUGGACACUGAUGUGCACUAUGGCAGCAUGAACCUUGAAAGCUCAUCGUAUAACUCGGGCCUAAACCCGAGAGACUACAGGCGUCCGCUCCAUCCGACGUCCUCCACCAGGGCAUCCGCAGCAGGCUCCAGCGCCAGUCCACUCUUUGUUUCACAGUCAGAUGUAUUUGAUUCAGUGGAUUUCAGCUGUCUAGAGAACAGCGCAGUAAGUGAAUCAAAGCCAUCAGGCAACCCCAAUUCAAAUAACCCAAGUUUUGUGCCUAACAGUCAGUGUUAUGUUAACGAUAAUUUGCAAAGUGAAGAUCAUUUUAAUUCCUUUGAAGUCAAUUUAGACUUGUUUAAUACAGAACUUGUCUAAUUAAAAUGGAGUUUGUAUCCUCUGAAUAUACAUUUGCAGUCAUUUUAAGGUUCUGUUUUGAAUCUUAAGAUACACCAUUUUACACUCUUCUUAUGCACUGGAACCUUGCUAUAAGUCUGCUGUUGUGUGAAUUUAGUGUCUUUUGUGGAUCUUGUCCAGAGGAGGUUGCCAUGAAAGUGCCCAAAGUAUUCCUUACAGCAGAGUGUCAUCUAUGGCAUUGGUUUUACUGAAGGAAUUGCUUAUGCAAGCAAAUAAAGCUUCCAAUGACUUUAUACAUACCCAUAUGAGUAAAUUCAUAUUUGCUUUCAAGCAAAUUAUUUACAUAGAUACUGUAAUGACCGUGUCAUUGAAAAAAAACAUUUUCAGCAUUAUUAUUGUAGGCUGCAAGUGGCCCCUAAGGGGUCUCCUGUGACUCUGUGACCUAAUGUGUAGAAUUCCUAGUUGUUAAUAAAGCCUGGGCCUGAAAGAAAAUCGAUAGAACAUUGGGAUCACCUCGAAUAGGUAGCAGGUUCCCAAGAAAUUCUACUUGUUUAAUGCCCGGCUCUUCAUUGGAUAAAGCUGUUUCUUUGUAAUUAUUGAAUGUCUCUUAACAUCUCUCUGCUCCUUCAAAGAAGCUGAAUUAGAUUUGCUAUUAGGGUAGAGGCAUUUAUCCAUAGCUUCUUUCACCUCUGGGAAUGAUUUGGAGACCUUCCCUGUCAUCUUAUUUUUCCCCAGAUCCUUUUUCUCCCCAUUUUUAAUUUGAAUAAAUUGAUGACUUUUAUAUAAUUGAAAGUGAAAUUAUUUCAUCUCACCAAAAGUGAGUCUUAAAUCAGGUGAAGUUGACACUGAAUGACCAGAAGAAUGUAAGCUCCUUGAGCACAGAGAAUGCUUUUGGCCCUGUAUCCCCAGAACUUAGCACAAUGUCUAGAUGAUGACAAUAAUAGGUGCUUAAUAAAGGAUUGCCAAGCCAAAAUGAACCUUAUCAGCUAUACCACAGAAUGGGACUCCAGUUUUUAUUUUGUUCUUCUAUACACAUAUAUAUAUGAAUAGUGCAAUAGAGUAGAUAGUCCAAAGUGGGGAUUAUUUUUUCAAGACUUGAUUCCUUAACAAUGUAAGAAGUGCUGGCAUGUGGAACAAAACUCACUUAGUAAAGUGAGCUAUUUAUUGAGCUGCCUUGUCCUAUUUUUUCCUUUUGAUAAUUCGAAACUAGAAUGUUCUCAAACUGGAACAGGUGGUUCCAUUAGAGAUCUUAUAAUCUGGGUAGGACCAGUUUAUGAACUAAGAAAAUUAGAGGAGCCCCAGGUUCUCUAGACUAAGUCCUACUAGGUCGCACCUCCUAAGAGAGUAUAGUUGUCCCAUUAAUAAAUCCCAGCGCUGUUAUCCUGUGAGAGCUUCUUCCAGUACACAAGUAUGUCCCGGGUCUAACGCGUGGGUGAUCAACCUGAAUUUGUAUAAGGCUUCCAUGAAUGUAAUGCUCAAAAGGCAAGGGGAAAGUAGAGCUACUGGCUCACUCUUCACUAGAGUUGCAGGGGCCAGGCUCACUAAAUCGUUUUGUUGAGGGAGCCCAUUUGUUCUCCUCGGUUGAGAGGAAUCUGACGCUCCAGUGUCAGUCGCUGGUCCCCACGGGGGGUCCUCUCCACUGUUGCAGGUCGUGCUGAGGUGCCGAGGUAGCUUUUGUUUAUCCGGGUUCCCCAGAGUCCAUAAACAAGUUCAAAGGACAAGUUCGGAGGUUCCUUUUCCCGUCUGCCUCAGGUUGCUCAGGCUGUUUUUCAUUAGUGUACCUGCAAUUGCUGCAGGACACCUGUUCUUUCCUUCGUCCCCAGUUCUCGUGAUCAUUGCACCCUGCCCCUACAUUGUCCCUAAUUAGGCUGUUAUUCCAGUUUUGCCUCUCCGGGUCCACCAGCAUUCUUAGGCUCCCCUUAUGUACUUAUUUGGGCUUAAGAUGGGAAUGCAAUUCCAUAUACUUCAAGGGGUAUAAAUCCACUAAUGGUUCAAAAGCUUUUCUUAACGACCUAAUUUAUUCCUUAUCCCUUUUAUGUAAUUUGGAAAUUUAACUGUCGAACAGCUUCAAGUGCCUCCACACCGAACCCUAAAUUGCCUUGUAUUUAUGCUUAUAUGUGUACAUAUUGUUUCCCCAGAUUAGAAUGUAAGCUCCCAGAGGGCAAGGACUUAUUCAUUUUUGUCUUUGUAUCUGCAGUACGUAGAAGAGUGCCUGAUACAGGCACUUAAUAAAUGCUUUUUGAUUGAAGAA